AUGGCUGGUGGACUCGCCCAGCGGCCACUUUCUGAAGUCAGCCCGAUGGCACAGCGGCGCAAUUCCCCUAUUUGGAACCAGGCCACCAAGAUGCCAAGUGCUGAGAACGAUGUUUCGGCAUUAAGCAAUGAAAAAUCCCCGCAUCGGUUUUGGAAGGGCCGUGAAUCUCCAUUGCCUUUCGCGAAGGGCGCCGAAAACCGUGCGCCUUAUGACCCAGAAUCCGUUUUUAUCCCUACCAGACGUCCAUCCCUCGAAGAUUUGAAGCGCGUAUCGCGAGUCAAGAAUAACAACAUGUUCCGCGAGAGCGGACAGGAAUACGAUCCGGCGCGAGUUUCUACGCCUCAAAGGCCGCUGGCCGCUGAUCGGUCCCCAAACCGAGAAAGCCAAAUGAACCUUGCAAAGUCGCAGUUUACAGACGAAGAGGUGGAUGAAGUGCCGCGGCCACAGUCCCCCAGCAAGGAGCAGCCGUCGCCGAGCAAAUCCUCAUUGUCCAAAGCGACUCGAUAUGGCAAGGGAUUUGACCCGCAAAACGAUAUUUGGUCAGAGUAUGAUAGUGCUGGUCACCGCCAUGCUAAGAGUGUGACGUUUGAUGCCGCUCCGCCUCAAGUCAACGAAUAUGAAAUGAGAACUCCGGAUCCGUCAUCCCUGGCCUCCGAGUCCCGGGAAAACAGUUACGAUUCCGAUGAGUACGACGAUGUUAGCUUUGAACAUGAGUCCUCCGUGGAGCGAGACGACAGCUUUGACGCAUCUCUCGAGGAUAUUGAAAAAACACCUGUCGUGCUGCCAGACGAAUGGCGCUUCAUGAGUCCUGGUGUUGAUGAAGAAGGUGACUCUUACGCCGAGACAGUCGAUGAUGAAACCGCCGAGCAGCGACCAGUUUCGCGCGAUGGUGAAUCUUCCCAUCACUCUCGUGUUGAGUCAUUGGAUUCAAAUGGUGAGCGUCGUCCAUUGCCACCGUUGCCUCCACUACCCUCUGUGUCUCGCACGUCUGGUUCUCGACCUUCGUCGGCGAGCAAGAUUUCCGAUGCCUUUGAGCUAGGUAGCCUACGUGGACUCCCAGCUCCACUUGCUGCAGCAUCCUUCAACAAGGCUGAUAUCGAAGGGGACAUGUCCCUGGAGGAUCGACUAUCGCUUAUGAUGCUGCAAGAUAAGGGAAAGUCGGAUCACAAUGAUAAUGAAGACGAAACAGGCGAUCGGGCCGUCAGCCCCAUGCCCAUUGAAGAGGACCUCGACUCUGCCCAGGAGGAUGAGAACGACGAUGAACCCGCAAAUGACAUAUUUUCUCCCCCUCGCAUCUCCCGGGACUCUAUUCUACGAGAUAUUCGCAAAGGCGAGAGCUUUGAAGAUGACGACAUCUUUGGGGAUGACUCCCAUAUCGAAUUCAGCCCUCAUGGCUAUGGUCACUAUGAUCCGGACGUCCCUAUUCCUUCUUUGGAAUGUGAUGACGACGAUGCUUCAAGUGUGAUUAUCAAGGAAGAAGCCCAUGACGAUGAUCUCUACGCUAUUCCUGAUUACUAUCAGAACUCCUCAGAUCACAGCCUCUCCUCUCGGGACCACCGUGCCAAAUAUGACGAAGACAGCAACUACUCUUUGAAAUCUGCGGCUGAAGUGGGCGUAAACGACGACGGCAAAGGCUCGGGCCAGACUACUCCAGUUCCUGAAGCGAGCCCUGCCCCCCCAGCCCCUAACCCAGAACAGGAAUUUGAAAACAACGAGUCCCAGGAAGCUAGUCACCUGGAUAUAGCCUCUAUCCGCCAGUCGCUUGAACGUCCUGUGACCCCUGAGAUCAAGGAGGAGCCGAUUUCAGAACCAUCCACCCCCGACUCUGUGAUCCGGCAUCCAGUUGAGGAUCAUGAUGACGAUGAGAUGUCUGAAGAAGAACAAGACGCAGAAAGUUCCUCGGAUGAGUCCGUCCCUGAGCCAGUCGCAACAAUUCGGGCCCCUGGUGCUGGAUUAAAGACUCGUCCUUCACUGACUCCCGCAGACUUGGAUUCCAUGGCUGCUACUCGUCGUAAGAUCAGUGGUCAACAUAUUCCUACUGCCCCUCCAAUGCCAGCAUUCAUAGGCAUUGAUUCCCAGGAACCUGAAAAAGAGGCCUCCAAGAGCGAUGCAGCGCCCCAGCUGUCUCUCCCUCUUAGUUUCACGCAGCGCCAGUCAAGCUUGAUGCAAUUGGAUAUUCCUUUCAGCAUCCAAGAGGAAAGCCUAGGAUCAGGCCUGACCAAGGAGUUUGACCGUGUCAUUGAAUCACAAAAGGUGGCGUUCGACCUCGCUCUUUCCUAUCUUGAAUCUUCCCCCACGCCGGCCUCCCCUUGGGAACAACCGGCCUUUCACUCCCCUGAAACCCCCACCCCUACAAAUGCCAUAUCGUCGGCUAACACGUCUCAACCUAAACAGAGAGGAUACCUUAUGCGGCAAAACACCAAGGUCGUCAUCGCCAGCAACCGAAAUGAGGAGGAUUCCGGCCUUGCUGACGAUUCGACGAUGCAAGACCCCCGUGGUACUCGUUCAGCGGGUUCGUCUCCCCGCAAACCCAGUCAACAGACCUGGACAACAGAACCUUGGAACGGACAGCCGAGAAAACCCAGUGUGAAAUUGGCAGGUGGACUGCCGAAGAAGAAGCCCGUCGCUGGACCCGUUCCCCCUCUCCCUGGUCGUCAGAGUAUUGUGCAGGAGACUCCUGCCACCAUUGACGAGAAUGAGCCGCUCGGCCAAGAGGCAUACGAAGAUGGUGAGGAGCGCGGUCGCAUAUUUGUUAAGGUGGUAGGCAUCAAGUACAUGGAUUUGCCUCUUCCCCGUGGUGAACGAUCCUACUUUUCCCUGACCCUCGAUAAUGGUCUCCACUGUGUGACAACAUCCUGGCUCGAGCUUGGAAAGUCAGCUCCAAUUGGCCAAGAGUUCGAACUCAUCGUGCAAAACGAUCUCGAGUUCCAAUUGACGCUGCAAAUGAAGAUCGACGAGAAUAAGCUCUACCCACAGGAAGCUGCCAGCUCCCCCCGCCAGAAAGCUUCAACUCUAAGCCGUGUGUUCGCAUCUCCUCGCCGGCGCAAGGAGCUUGACUUGCAGCAACAGAUGCAAACCCAGCAGCAAAAAACCAAGGAUGUCAAUGCUCCUGUUUGGGAGCGCCUUCGCAAUGUUGUUGCACGCGACGGUAGCUUUGCUCGGUCAUAUGUGGCUCUGAGUGAUCACGAACAAUACGCCUAUGGCCGUCCUUACACUGUUGAUGUUCCUUGCUUCAAUGAGUGGGCGGUCGAUGAGCAGCCAAGCAGUGUCAAGAGUAAGAAGAGUGCAACAAGCGUCACUGCCCAACGUCGCCCUCCUUACAAGAUUGGAAAAUUGGAGUUGCAGCUGCUGUUUGUCCCCAAACCCAAGGGUGGAAAGGAAGACGACAUGCCCAAGAGCAUGAAUGCUUGUAUUCGUGAGAUGCGUGACGCUGAGAGUGUUGCCUCCCGGAGCUAUGAAGGAUACCUCUCACAGCAAGGUGGAGAUUGCCCGUACUGGCGUCGACGUUUUUUCAAGCUUCAAGGAUCGAAAUUGACUGCCUACCAUGAAACAACACGGCAACCUCGUGCCACGAUCAACCUUGCUAAGGCCGCGAAGCUAAUUGAUGACCGGUCAUCCCUCAUGCAGAAGGAUCCCAACGCUAAGAGCGGUGGUCGCCGGAAGUCUGCAUUCGCUGAGGAGGAAGACGGUUACAUGUUUGUGGAAGAGGGAUUCCGCAUCCGAUUUGGCAACGGGGAAGUCAUUGAUUUCUAUGCGGACAGCCCGACUGCCAAAGAAGGAUGGCUUCGUGUGAUGUCGGAGGCUGUAGGCAAAGGUUCCACUGCCAAUGGCCCGGUCAAAGCCUGGGCGGAACUCGUUCUCAAGCGGGAACGAAGCAUGAAGGCUCGGCGUCAAACCGCUGACCGUUUCCCUGCCAGCGGCAUCCCCGCUCCUUCCUCGCCUGUUUCUCACAGGACAAGUGCAAUUAUGGCACCCCCGUCUUCAGCGGGAUCGGCGGCGCCGGCGCCCCAACCCAACCGUCCCCGACACAAGCACACCUACUCACAACCAGAGAUGCCUAGUGCUGAAGCUCGUCGACAGAAGACUCGAUCCCUCAUGUUCUAA